AUAGGGGUCCUUUGCAAUGUCAUCAUCGUCGCUUUGCUUGUAAAAAAAAAACCGGUAUUUCAAGAACAACCAAAACCCAAAAAAGGGCUUUCAAAUAUCACAGAUUCAAUCUCUACUUUACAAAACUAAGUGAAAUGAUUCACCAAUUUCUCGAUCCAGUGGUUUAAUUAGCUUCAAAUUUUCAAGAUCUCUUACAUUUCAGCUCAUUCUGCAGUGCUCUCUGUAGUAAUCCUGCAAAAGCAUAUAUCAAGUUUAUCAUGAAUCCAGAAGCCGCAACUGAAAAUGGAGACUCAACCAGUUUAAACGAAAUUCUUAACUUCAAAGGGGCUGCAGAAGAUAAUCUUGCUGAGAGUAAAUUGUUUGAUGGAAUCCAACCUAAGCACGGUUUGGCUGAUAUUCCAGCUGCUAAAAUCUCAGAAUUGAUGAAACUAAACAGCUUAGAGAGUGCUUCCACUCAUUCACUUUUCAGUGUUGUGAGUAAUAUUUUGGAUGACAGCAUUGAGAGAAAGAAUGGGGAUAUACCUCAGUGUGUGGCCUCCCUGGUGAAGUUAGUCGUACAAGAGAUUGAAGAACGAGUUUCAAAACAAGCUGAUAAUUUGAGAAAGCAAAAUGGGUUGUAUAAGUCUCGUGAGGAGAGAUAUCAAUCAAGAGUUAAAGCACUCGAAACCCUUGCAUUGGGGACCACUGAGGAACAUGAGGUUAUCAUGAAGAAGCUUCAACAGAUAAAGAUAGAGAAGGCCAAAAUGGAAGAGAAAGAAAAACUUCAAGAACAAGAUUUAAUCAGGUUAAUGGAAGAUAAUGAUCACUAUAAGAUGCAAAUAUCCUCAUUGGAUACUGAGCUUGAAUCAUCCAAACACGCACAUGAAAAAGAUCGAUUACAACUGGAAGCACAACUGGAGCAAACUCGAGUUGAGUCAGAGAACAAGAUACUGGAACUUCAAUGUCUACUGAAUGAAUCAACCAAGAAAGUACAAGAACUUGAGGCCUUUUCAGAAUCCAAGUUGGUGAAAUUGAAAAGGAGAGAGCUUGGUUACAAACACUUCAUAGACUCUCAUUUUGGAUCUCUGCAGGAAUUGAGGAUAUCAUCCGAGUCUAUAAGGCAGGAGGUGAUGAGGACCAAGGAGAUUUACGUCGAGGAACUUAGCCACUUUGGGUUCAAUCUUAAGGGGUUGGUUGAUGCUGCUCAGAAUUAUCACACAGUUCUUGAAGAAAAUAGGAAGUUGUACAACCAAGUUCAAGAUUUGAAAGGUAACAUUAGAGUUUACUGUAGGAUAAGGCCAUUCCUUCCUGGUCAAAGCCAAAAAUUGACAACCAUAGAGUACAUUGGUGAGAAUGGUGAACUGGUUGUUACUAAUCCUUCAAAACUGGGGAAAGAUAGUCACCGUCUUUUCAAAUUCAACAAGGUCUUUGCACCUGCUGUUACUCAAGAGGAGGUGUUUCGAGACACUCAGCCAUUAAUCAGGUCUGUUUUGGAUGGGUACAAUGUCUGCAUCUUUGCUUAUGGUCAGACUGGUUCCGGAAAAACAUAUACCAUGAGUGGGCCCAGCAUGUCAUCCGUGGAGAAUUGGGGGGUCAACUACCGAGCUCUGAAUGAUCUAUUCAACAUCUCCCAGAGUAGGAAAAGUUCCAUUGCAUAUGAAGUUGGUGUUCAAAUGGUUGAGAUAUACAAUGAGCAAGUGCGAGACUUGCUCUGCAGUGAUACUUCUCAGAAACGACUUGGGAUUUGGAGUACUACUCAACCCAAUGGAUUAGCUGUCCCUGAUGCUAGCAUGCAUCCAGUCAAAUCAACUGCAAAUGUCUUAGAAUUAAUGAAUAUUGGCCUAAUGAAUAGAGCUGUUGGCGCUACUGCUUUAAAUGAAAGAAGCAGUCGGUCACAUAGUAUCCUCACCGUUCACGUGCGUGGUAUAGACUUGGAAACAAAUGAUAUUCUACGAGGUUGCCUACAUUUGGUAGAUUUGGCUGGCAGUGAAAGAGUAGAUCGCUCUGAAGCCACAGGGGAUCGUUUGCGAGAAGCACAACAUAUAAACAAAUCAUUAUCUGCUCUUGGGGAUGUGAUAUUUGCAUUGGCACAAAAAAGUUCUCAUGUGCCAUAUAGAAAUAGCAAACUAACACAAGUUCUUCAAAGCUCUCUUGGAGGCCAGGCAAAGACACUUAUGUUUGUACAGCUCAAUCCUGACGUAGAAUCCUACUCAGAAACCAUUAGCACCCUGAAGUUUGCUGAGAGGGUGUCUGGAGUGGAGUUGGGUGCAGCUCGGAAUAAUAAAGAGGGCCGGGGUGUUAAAGAGCUUAUGGAUCAGGUAGCUAAUUUAAAGGACACAAUUGCCAAGAAGGAUGAAGAAAUUGGGCGGCUGCGGGUUCCCAAAACCAGUGGCAAUGGUGAGAGGCGUAGUGUGAGCUCAACCAGGCAUAGCUCUGCCUCUCCAAGAAGGCAAUCUUUAGGCGGUCCACGAACAAACCAAAUUUCUGGAGAGAUAAGCUCAAAACCUACUCAGAAAGCUGCUUCUGACGUGGACAAUAGUUCUGAAUACAGCGACAGACAAUCUGACACUGGUUCUCAGCAAUCACUGGAUGACUUUAGGCAUCACAGAGAUUUCUUUAGACAAUCCAGGCUUGCUGUAGUAGAUGCUGAUCUAAAUCUGGGUGAAGACACUGAUUCAAGGGCUACUGCGAGAGGAAGUCAAAAUCCUAACGAAGACGUGGUGCUCAUCGGGUUUGAUGAUGCAGAUUCUGAAGAGAGAUUAAGUGACAUAUCCGAUGGUGUACUUUCAAUGGGAACUGAGACUGAUGGUUCAAUCAAUAGUAUUGUAGAGUACACUCUUUUCCCAGAAACUACAAAGCCACCUUCAGAGACCCCUGAGAAGCCCUCUAUACCUGCUAAACUUCCACGGCUCACACAAAAGACGGUGCAAACAGGAUCUUCUCGGAUGUCACUGCAGAAGAGCACCCCUAAAGUCCCGAGUUCUAAAAAACCUCCUUCCGGAAACACUUCUGCAGUUAGGUCUUCCAAAAGAUGGCAAUAGUACAGAAGUAAAAUUGUGGAAGAGGAUAGACACUUGACGAUCCUUCUUUGUAGAUUAGACUGUAGACACGAUUGUUGUGUCAUCUUCCAUUGUUGUGGAAGAUGUGUAGGAACUUCAGCUUGUAGCAAACUGCACUGAUCAGAUUGAAUUUCUUAGGUGUAUUUGCUCCCCGCCUCCCCCUACUCGAAGUGGAGGAGGAAAGGAGGGCGGCGUGGGGUUUGACAUUGUGUAGUGUGUACAUGUAGCUCUAUUUAAGAACUUGCUGAUGCUUUUUUAGGCUAUGAAAUAGUGUUGACUGGUAACUUCUGUUUGAUUAUGAUGCUUACUGUGAAAGGAAGAUCAUGCUUGA